AUGAGUCAAAAGUCAGCAAGGAAGGCAGGAGUGGCCCCUGCCACAAACCUGACACUGCUCACAGAGCUGAAUGAGGGGCUCAGCAACCAUCCCCUCUGGCUGAGAGGGCCGGACCGAGGGCUUGCCACGUGGGCAGGGGGAGUGGUGGGGAGCCGAGUCUCUGGUGGUGGGAACGGGGAAGCAGAGUUGGGGGUCUUCUGGAAGAAUUGGCUUUGGAGCCGAAGCUACCUGGAGCUGGGGUUGAAGGGGAAAGAUGUUGAGCGGUUGAGAGAAGAGGGAGGUGAUCUGGGGCACAGUCACGAGGCUGUGCUCCGCAAAAAGGGGCAAAGGGGCUCCAAGCCGGACAUCUGGACGGCGAUCGCCGGAGACGGGCUAAAAGGACUGGGUCCUCGGCUCGCCCUCCCGCCCGUCCUUCCCCGAAGGCUGCGUCGGGAGUUUGGGAAGGAUGGCAGGGUUCUCCGGGCGCCUCCGGAGUCCGCGUCCCUGCAGGCCCCUCGCCGCGAACCCCGCCGCGCCCCCGCCACGCCCGCGCCGCGCUCACCCCAAGUCGCCGCCGCCCUGCUCUGCCGCCGGUCCGCCGCUGCCCCAGCCGCCGCCGCUGUGGACGCCUCUCCCGCGGCCGCCGCAGCCUGCGAGCCGGCCCCGAGCCCCGCCCCAGCCCCGCCCCGGCCCCGCCCCAGCCCCGCCCCGGCCCCGCCGCGGCCCCGCCCCCAGCCCCCGCCCGCUGCGGCCGCCCGGCCCAGGCCCCCGGGGAGCCCCACCCCCGCCGUCAUCCGGCAGGGUCCCCUUCCCAGACCCAUGGCAAAGCAGCUCCGGAAAACCAAGGAAGAGUCUCAGGUGAGACCUUAUAAGGCAAAGAAAGAGGGAGAAAUGGGCACCCCAAAAUAG